AUGCCCUACCUAAAACUAAACGACUCGCACCAGAUGCCCAUGAUCGGUUUGGGCACACUGGGCAUCGUAGACCGCAACACAUUGCGCAACGUGAUCGAGGACGGAGUGCACGUGGGGUACCGGCACAUCGACACGGCCUACUUCUAUAAAAACGAGGCAAUUCUCGGUGAAAAGUUACGGGAAAUUUUCAAGCGCAAAGAUCACCCUGAUCAUCGGGUCAAACGGUCAGAAAUGUUUGUGACUAGUAAAUUGUGGAAUACCCGACAUAGCAGGUUUGAAGUGAUCGAGGGCCUUGUUGAGUCGACCCGUAAGCUUAAUAUUGGUUAUUUGGAUUUGUACCUGGUACAUUUUCCAAUGGCCUGGCAGGAGGGCGGUAUGGAUAUACCCCUGGAUGCUAAUGGCCUUACAAAGGAUACGAAUAUAUCGGUGGUCGACACUUGGAAAGGUAUGGAAGAUGCUAAAAGAAUGGGCAUGGUCAGAUCGAUUGGUGUGAGCAAUUUUAAUGUAGAUCAAUUGACGAGAAUUUUGAUUCACGCGGCUGUCCGACCGAUGGUUAAUCAGCUCGAAAUAAACCCAUAUCUAACGGAAGAAUGUUUGGUACGAUUCUGUCAAAAGAGUGGUAUUCAAGUCCAGGCUUACAGUCCCUUCUCUAAGGGUAACCAAACUCUACUAAACGAACCGGUGCUCAAAAAGUUGGCUUUCAAGUAUCACAAGUCGGUGCCCCAGGUCAUUAUUAGGUGGCUAUUGCAACGUGGUAUCGCUGUCAUACCGGGCACUAUACACAAAUCGCGACUCAAAGAGAAUAUUGAUGUGUUUGAUUUUAAGCUAGAGGAAAACGAGAUGAAACGAAUUAGCAGGCUCAAUCGCAACUGGCGCCGUACAGAUCUACCAUAUUCUCGGUUUAAUUCGGAGUACCCGUACAGACGUAUGUGUUAUGAAUAG